AAGUGCUGAGUCACCACCGCGCCGGGCACGGCUGCCCUGUCACCUCGCACCGGUGCGGAGCCGGCGCCGCUGAACCCCCGCGGGACGAGGCUCCGGCAGCGCCCCCGCACCCUCGGGGACACGGCGCUGGGGGUCCCCUGGGUGUCUGCCGGGGUGAUGCUUUCCCGGUCUCUUGUUGUUAUUUUUCUUCCCCCCGAGGAUGAGCGCGCUGCCUGCCUCUGCCUUUGAAUGGCUCUUAAAAUACAUUUGCAAUUUCUGAGCAGUUUUGUCCGGAAGACUGUGCUCAGGUUAUGACGACUAAUCCCAAACCGAACAAGGCAUUAAAGGUAAAGGAGGAGUCAGGAGAGAAUGCCCCAGUGCUGAGUGAUGAUGAACUCGUGUCAAUGUCCGUACGGGAGCUGAACCAGCACCUGAGGGGUCUCACCAAAGAGGAGGUCAUCCGUCUGAAGCAGCGGAGGCGCACGCUGAAGAACCGGGGCUACGCUGCCAGCUGCCGCAUCAAGCGUGUGACUCAGAAAGAGGAGCUCGAGAGGCAGCGGGUUGAGCUGCAGCAAGAGGUGGAGAAGCUGGCCAGAGAAAACAGCAGCAUGAAGCUAGAGCUGGAUGCCUUGCGCUCCAAGUACGAAGCACUCCAGACCUUUGCUCGUACUGUGGCGCGAGGGCCUAUUACCCCGACCAAAGUUGCCACCACCAGUGUCAUCACCAUCGUGAAAUCAGCUGAAAUCUCAUCCAGUUCUGUGCCCUUUUCAGCAGCCUCCUAGUGCCCUCGGUGGGGGGAACUAGCAGCCUUUCAGAGGGGAGGGGAUAAGGCUCUUAUGCAUUGUUCCGGAGUCCUUGGUCACGUCAAGAAUUGGCAUUUUAAGAAGUCUCUUCCAAAAGUGCAAAAAACAGAAGAAUAUAAAAAAAGAAAAGAGAAAUACAAACAAACCCAAAGGGUUCCUACAAAGGGAACUUAACUGGCUGCUUCUGUCUGGACUCAGUGGCUCCAUCAACCUCUCGUGUCCAGGAUUUGAGCUCUGUAUGCAGUACAAAUUGCAAGAUCUGCUUCCUCCUUCCCUCUGCCUCCACAAACCCCUCUCAGCUUGGGCAGCUUUCCAGCUGGGAGAAGAUACCUGAGGAGCCUCCGGAGUCUUCGUGAAUGAUGCUCAAGAGCCAGGAACAUAUGGACCGUAGAAAUCAUCGUGUGAGAUGAAUGUAUGGGAAAAAGAGUUUCCUUUAGUGGCCUCCUACUCCUUGUAAGAAGGGUCUCCCCUACCUUCCCCACUUCCAUCUGAUACUAUGAGGGCAGGAAUAUAGGCUUUUUGGGUUUGAUUUCAUCCUGCUAACAGUGGAUGGGAGUGGGAGGAUGAUGGAGAUAAGUGCUUGGGUCUGACCACACCCAUUAAGAAUAACCUUUUGUUUUCAAUCCAUGCUGUUAAAAUAUGGAAAAAUAUAUAUUUUACAUAUUUUAAUAUGCCCCAUUACCUGUGUGGCCUGUAAAAAAACUACAUUGCAGCCUCCUUUAUUCCAAGCCCAAGUUUCCCGAUAGCUCCUUCCCAAAGGUGUGCCUGUGAAUUGGGUAUAUUUAUGCAGUUUAUUUCUUCCAAAUGAUCCACAGUCUUGAAGUAGCAGCUUUUUUUUUCCUGGGUUACCUGAAGCUGAAGGGAGGGAGGCACAGUAAAUGCUGUGAAGAGCAGUUUGGUGAGGAGGAGAAGAGGAGAUGAGGAGGAAAAAUGCUGCAUGUAUUACUGGCGGAGGCAGAAUUGGCUGUGAGAGAAGGUGGGACAGUUCUGCUGGGAUCAGCACUACGAGAAGGGGUUUGUGCAGAGGAUUUCAGAAGGAUGUUUUUAAAGCACUGAAGUGUAACUAGAGGGCAAUAGCAUUCAGCUAGGAGGAGAGAAGUUUAGAGUCUCCUCCUUGACAAAAGCAUUGGUAUGUUAGCAAUGAGCAUCCUUAGCUGGAGAGCUGUGCUCAUCAUCAGUCCUUGGUGGUCAGAGAAGGGCUGUGGGUAGGUCAGAUGGGAGCUUGGAAGAGUCUUUCCCUCUCCAUAGCACAUCUGAUGCUGAAUUUGGGAUCCAAAGAGUACAGUGAACAACCCUCAGUGUUCAGACAACCUGUGUGAAUGUGACCCUGAAACUUGAUGCUUUCUCUUGCAAGUGGGUGAGUUACAAUGAGGGCAGGAUGGAAAAUCAAUGUGCGUGUAGGGGACAGAAGAAUUGGGAUCGAGAAGUCGUUUGUUUGGCUCUGAGCAGUGGUUUGGGAGAGGGAUUUCUGGCUUGGCAGUGGGCAGGAUUUGGGAAGCUGAAAGGAGAGAUUCUGCUGUCACGCAGCAGUGAUGAAACAAUGAAUGUUUCCAGGUCACUGUAAAAAAAAUAGCUAUGUUGGUGUUUGUGUGUUUUGUUGUUGUUUUUUUUUCUUCUUGAAGUAGGAAAGGAAAGGGACUGUGUGUUUUGUAGGGCAGGUUAGAGACUUACGGAAUGGACGAUGCCUGUUGUUAUGCAGGUGAGAAAAGAAUGAGAUUACUGAGGUUUUAAGAUGAGGAGAAGAGCUUAGAGAAUUUGGGCUCUGGAACAAAGAUCACUGAGAAUUCAUAAGUGGUUUGGACUGAAAGAGAAUAAUCAAGUGCUACCAUUGUUGGAAAGAGGACAGUGAACUGGCAUCUGACACCCAGUAUAAUUUGUUGUUUGAGGCUUUGUCUUGCCUUGAAUAGCAGUAAGUUGGUAGAAAUUUAGUGAAGCCCUACUUGUCUUUGGAAGAAGUUGUUAGCUUGCUUUUUUUUUUUUUUUCACCUUGUCAUCGGAGUCUCUGGAUUUCCCAGGAGGAUCCUUUGUGAAAUAGGUUAAUGAAAAGAAGAAACCUCAGACUUGGUUCUCAUUCAGUCCCCAACAUCGACAUCCGUGACUUUACUGAGCCAGAAAGGGUGUCAGUGAAAUGCUUCCUGAAGGCUCGUUCCCCCUGCCAGAUCCACGUGUUUUGGAGGGGAGCAGGGAGUUUCCUUCAAGUGAUUUUCCAACACAUAGAGUUUGGAUGGCACUUAGUGUUACCUCAUUUCUCCUCCAUUCCCUCCCUAUCUCCAAACAGGCAGAUCGAUGUCCUGUGUAUCAGUACCAGUUAUUGACUCCCACAGCAGAAGCUGAGGAAGAGAAAGAUGUUACGGUCAUUUCCUGGUCCUCUCAUGUUCUCCAGCUCACAGACAUUGGACACUUUCCCAGACCUUACAGGUGCCUCCAAAAACAGGCAAAAUGGAGACUCCUGGCACUGUUGGGGCUUUAAGUGAAAACUUUAAUGAAAAAGGCCAGUUGACUUGAAAAUGCCCAAAUGCUUCCAGUCUUUAAAACAGCUCCAGAGCUCCAUAACAUUCCUGGCUAGAUAGGAACACCCUCUGGCUGCCCUUGACACCCCUCUGGGGAAAUCAGACCUGUCUCACUGAAGGGGACAGAGGUUGAACUUUGUUCCUGGGGUCUUCUUGCUGUUGGAAUGAGUUGAGAAACAUAUCUUUAUGUGGCACUUCCCUUGUGGCCAAGUAUUUCUUUUUUUUCCAGUUCUUGGAAGGGUGCCAAAGGCUUGUCCAAGUGAUUGCUAGUUUAGUGCUGGUAGGCACUUAAAUCUCUGGUCACUCGAUAAAGAACAAGAGGCCUGGGUGUUGUUAAAGCUGUUGAUACCAUAGCCAUGGUAGGUAAUCCAUAUUGGAUAUCCAUAAGGACCACGUGGAAAUAUUUAAAGAGAGAGAAAUAUAUAUAUAAAUAUAUAAUUAUAUACAUUUUAUCGUACAGAUUUUUCGUAAAAAAGAAAAAAAAUAAUUUUUUUUCCAAGUUUGAUACUGUAAAUCUUUAUUAAAAGAAAUUGCCAGUCCAGGGCUCCCUGGGUGGUGACCUGGAGGAGAAUGAAAUGUCCUGGCUAAACUUCCACAGAGGGAUCAGAAUUGCAAGGUAACGUGGAGGGAGGAAUGACCCGAAAGCUGUUGAUCGCGUUGGAGACCCAGCUCCUCCACCCUCCUCCCUGGAGGGCCCUCCAGCUUGGGGUUGUCGCGUUGCAUUCCUCUGGGGUUCGGUUUGUUUCUGUUGUGUUUUAUUUUUUUUUUUUUGUUUUGUUUUGUUUGGUUUUUUUUCUCUCCGUCCUGCACUUCUUAGCCUGACGCCCAGGGCGAGCGCGGCGCGGGGCGCUGGCGGCGUGGGACGUGCAGCCGCACCUCCCGCCUCUCUCUGCUGCAGUGCUUUGGAUGCCGGGGCUCCCUUCUCUGCCCCUCUUAGUUUGUCCCCCCAACCCCGCUGAGGAGGAGUGGGGGAUCUGAUUUUUGGGUGCUGGGAUCCUCUCCCCUGGGCCUGGCCUUUCUUUGGUUGCUCCCCAUCCGCAGUGUGACGUGGGAAGCGAGGGCUGGGUGGGAGGCAGGAGAAGACGAAGGCGUCGGGAAGGGACACCUCUGUUCUCGUAGACUUUGCUGUGCUCUCUGUUGGGAGUGGGGAACCUUUCCCUCCAGGGCAGCUCCAGAUCCCUUUGAAACAAGGCAGCAUCUCUGCUCCUGCCCAGCUCUACAUCUGCCAGGAGGAGACCACAAAGUGCAGAGACCUGGGUGCCACGGCAGCUCCGGGACAGCGGGAGGGACGAGGCGCUGGCACUGGGCUGGGGCGGAGGCGAGCUGCACCACAGAGUGGCUCAGACCCGGGGAGGAGGAGAAGGUGGCAGUUUUUUCUCUCUCGAAUCAUUUAAACUUCAUUGUCAUGAUUGUUUUUAUUUAAAAAAAAAAAAAAGGGAAAAAAAAAAAAAAAAAAGCGGAAAAAAAAAGAAACAAAACAAAACUGAAAAACUUUUGUAAUGUGGAUUUGUUUUCCUUCGUCUGUAUUUCAGUCUGCUGGGGUGUUUCUGUAGAUGGUGGAUACUUGCUUUCAUUUUUUUAAUGAUAGAGGUCUUCUGUUUUAAGUUGUUUUUUAUCACCAGCUCAUUCUAUCCUCUGUGGUUACUCAGUAAUUUCAUUUCAAUAUUUAUUUUUGUGCUGCUUUUUUAUUAUAAAAUAAAUUAUUGAUAUACCAAGCAAUGUGGAUUCCUGUUUGUAAGGCGAAUAGCCCUGUGUAUGUGUCCAUUACUUCUCUUGACAGCCACAACGUAAUUUAUUGCUGUAAAUUUAGCUGCAGUGACUGGUUUUUUUGUACCUUUCCAAUAAAGCAUUUUCUGGUUUCAGA